CAGUGCGAGGUCACGUGGGUGAUCGUAGAACAUACAAUCGUCGCCCUGUUUCUCUGUUCAAUCUAUUGCGCUUCUAAGCGCAGUUGUUCGCGCGCGUUGCAUCGAACAAGAAGGUCCCUCCACAAUCACUUCGUUGCAGAUCUUUCCAAGCGUUUAUCCGCGAACUUUCUCUAUUUCGAUUUGGUGCGUCGAACGUCGCGUUUGAUAAAAAAAAAAAACACUGCAACGUUUGCUUGGACAGUGGUAAGAGAAAUAAAGAAAGAAGAACCAUUUCAACUGGUGUGUGCGUCGCGUUUCGAAAGGAACAAAAUUCGGAGCAGCGAUGACAACCGUCGCGAUCAGCGACGAAAAUCGUCGCCGGGUGUCUAAAUUGAAAAAUUGGACACUGUGAUUUCAUCACGUCUUUUCAGCGGUAUUGUAUCUUCUUUUUAUCGCGCGCGCGCGCACACACACAUACACACACACACAUACAUUGGAUGCGCAAUUUGAAAAGAGAAAUAUUUAUAUUCCGAAAGAGGAAAAGUUAUUUUGAUCUCUCUCUCCGAAACGGAGCUAUUGAAGUCGCUUUCAUGCAGAUUACUACAAUAUCGCGCAAAAAGUCGACAAGAAACCUAUAAGUAGCUACUAAUAAGAUACUUCUAGACGGUGGAAAUAUUUCGACAAUAACGCGCACGAGCGUGACAACGUGAAUCGCGCGUGUCUGCUCGCGAGAAGAUUGUGCUCUUACCCGCGUUUUGCCGCGGGAUAGAAAGUAAAUUCGCACAAGGUUUCGAGCUCUCGAUCUUCGACUCGAGCGGUCGGUGAGCGGGUAAAAACGAGAAGAUCGUCGAAGAAGUGGAGUACACGUAUCUGGAUGAAGUUAAAAUUCGACGCAAGCGUUCUUCGUAAGUUCGAUCGCCCGGUCCGGACAAGUGAUCUUUAAACAUCGGUUUUUAUCGCGACCGCGGUUAUGAUGGGAGUACUGAGAUGGAGGCACGAUCUCAGAUCGGAGGCCGCGGCUCAGCAACAGCAAGAACAACAGCAACAGAGAUCGGCGGAGCGAUCCGCCAACACGCACACGUUCCCGAAGCUGCUGUCGCAGACUCCAAGAGAUGACAGAACGACGUCGAGCCCCGGUAAUGCACCCAGCAAUCACAUUCCGGCGCUGUCACCGUCGCCGGUGGGUGAUGCACCCUUGGGUAGGGCACUUAUGGAAGCGGCCUUGCAGCAGCAGACCGCGACCGGCGUUCAACCGCCCCUGGUCGUCACCCCGUCUGGAUAUUGGGUCGAUGGUACCGAUCAUCGACAUAAUCUCGACUCGGCCGGCAGAGCGUUGCUACCGGCGCAGCCAGCUUGGGAGCAACCCAGGAUAGAUCAGGACGACACGGCGAAGUGCUACCGCCGUUUUUUCGUUGGAAGGGAGCACGUGAACCUCGUGGGAAGGGACGGUGAGAACGGCCCGGUCCUGGUCUCGGUGAAGGCCGAGACGGUCGCCGGACAGGAACACUGGCGGGUGUUGUUGCGACUGCGAGCAGGAUCGACCCACGAUUUGGUUCCGACCGCGAAUCUCGGCUCUCCUACGCCGACAAAAAUGGUCAAGGCAAUCAACGAGACGCUAAAUGUGAGCCCGUUGAUGCCGGUUAUGUGUCCCGGCGCAGGAACUCUGAUAGCUCGAUACGACGAGCACGCCUUGGUCUCCAGGUUCAAAUUUGGCGUUCUCCAUCAGCGAGCCGGCCAAGUGACCGAGGAACAGCUUUUCGGUAAUCGGCAGAUUACACCAGCCUUUCAGGAGUUCCUUGACUUGCUCGGUCAGAAAAUUGACUUGAAGGAUCACAAAGGUUAUCGAGGUGGUUUGGACACUCGGCACGGUCAGACUGGAGAUUUUGCGGUAUACGAGGUAUUUCGAGGCCGAGAAGUACUUUUCCACGUGGCCUCGCUGUUGCCGUACAGUCCGGGCGACUCGCAGCAAUUGCAGCGCAAGCGACACAUCGGCAACGACAUCGUCGCCAUCAUAUUUCAGGAAGAACCGACGCCCUUCAGCCCGGACAUGAUUGCCAGCCACUUCUUGCACGCCUUCAUCGUUGUGCAAGUCAUCGACCCCUGCACUUCUAAUACGAGGUACAAAGUCAGCAUAACGGCGCGCGAUGACGUUCCCUGGUUUGGACCGAAUUUGCCAACACCUGCGGUGUUUCUGAGAGAAGUCGAGUUCAAAGAGUUCUUGCUCACGAAGCUCAUAAAUGCCGAGAAUGCCGCUUACAAGGCUGAUAAGUUCUCUAAGUUAGAGUUGCGGACUAGGUCGGCUUUGUUAGAAUCACUGACAGAAGAACUGCAAACCAAAACGGCUGAGUUUCUCGGCGGUCCAUUAGGCUUGGGAAAUUCAAGUUUGAAUGUAUGUCCGGUAAGUCCGACAACAGGCGAAAUAUCUACAUCGGGAAGUAGCGGUAGCGGUUCACGGUUUAUCGAUACCGUGCGCAAGGCACUGAUCUCGCGUGUGAGAAACGCAUCGACUGAGAGCGUGCCUCAACAGCUGGCUAAAAAAGGUCAACAAAUGGAGUCCAGUCCACCGAGCAAUCGACAAUCAUCGUCCGCUAUAAAAGUGAACAGCAACAAGCGCUCGGUGGAGCCGUCCAGUCCUCUUGGCUCGCCGGAUUUAACUCUGAGAAGAGACUCUGAACGCGCUAGUCUCGGCAGUCAGGACAGCAGUCUAUCCAAUACCGACAACCAAGAUAGCAGUCUGACGACAUUGCAACAAGACGAAUAUGAUCGUAGAGAAUCACAGAACACGAGUGUAGUCUGUCUCGACGGUGACACCACAAUUAUCGACAAAACUCAAACGCUCCCGUCGACGACGGUGCAGCGAUUGACAAACGAUAAUCUGCGUACACAGGAGAAAACAACAACAACAACAACGGAGGUAACGCAGCGAGUAAUUUCGGAGAGUGACGACAGUUCGCUUAACAGUGAACUUGAGCUCGAUCAAGCCGUGUAUCCAGAUAGUGACACAGGCCUCGAAUCUAUGAGUUCUGCAGAGACUCACGACACUACAAGAUGUACAAGCAAGGACGGUGUCGUUGAGAACGAGAACUUGAGGAUGGAGGUUACUAGGCUGAAAUGCGACAAGUUGGAUUUGUUACGACAGAAUGUGACAUGCCAGCGCGAACUGAAACGUCGUCGAGAAAAGGAACUGCAACUGGAAUCCGAUCUGGCGGCGGCAUCCAAAGAAAUUUUACGGUUACGAGCGAUGCUGAAGGAGUGUUCCACGAGCAUUCCGCUAGACAACAAUAACCAACAGACGUCUACCGUGUAAAAUUAGCGUGUGAAAGUAUGUUUUUAGGCGCGAGGCAAAAGUUGCUAUAUAUAGUGAGAUAUUAAAAGAUAUCCCCCCGAGAAGGGCUGCUGCGAUCGAAAGUCGCGUGUGGUGUAGUUUCCAAAGAACGGUCGAUGAGCAAAAUAAUAAAUGCGUCUCUAGUAGAAAUCGUCGCUGUAGCAUAUUACAUGGUUUUCGCAUAUACAUUUUUUUUUUUGUUUUUAAAUCUCUGAAAGUAACAAAAUCAAAUAAAGAAAUUGAUUCUUAAGACCGGUAAUCCGAUCUUUUAUUUAAGAUAACCUUGAGUUUAUCUUAUGAUGCUGUACAAAUCAUUGGCUACCAUAAGUACCGGCCUUAGAAAUCUGAAAUUUCUUUGGCCAUUUUGUUCGUUUUACGUUACUUUCACGCACAGUCCGAUGUUGAGAUUAUUCAAAUUGCGAAAUACCAAUAAGCGUUUAAAAAACAGACGCAUUAAAGACAAAGCAAAUUGUCUUUUAGAGACGUUUAAAACGUCUCGUUACUUAAACACCAUGUACCUUCCGUUCAUCAGGAAUUGUUCAUCCACUUCCAAAGGUCUACCAUUAUAGUGCUUUAUAAAGGCAUGUAGAGAAUUUGCAAUUUAGAAGCUUUAUCACGAAGAUUAUUCAUUCAAAUUGAGCUUUCUUUUUUCUAGAUAAAAAAAAUCGGCUAUACGUUCUAUAAGUCAUGCGAUUAUUUGAAGUUAUGUAUAGUGAUUCGAGACAUCCUCGAGAUACUUGCAGUAUAGACUUGUUUGACUUAUAAAACACAUAAUAUUUAUCUAUAUAUUAAUUUAUUAAUAGACUUAAGUUAACCACUUGUAGUCAAUAUACAUCCGUAGACGUAAUAAUAAAAUUAAAAAAAAAAAAAGCAGUAGAGAUAUCUGAUAUUUGCCGUUUUAGAGAACGAGAUGGAAAUUUAGCUACCACUCGUUGAAAACAAAAAGAGAUAAAUUAAAAAUUACUGCGAGACGUUGUCUGUGUAUCGAUUACAUGUUAGAAAGCUAAUACGUAACUUCUCGCUUCUUCUCUUCCGUAGCUCGGAUUAUUCAAUUUCCGACGGACAAAAACUUCUUUCUGGGCUUCGACAAUGUGAUUUUUACACAUUACAGGAAGAACCAUGUAUCGCUUGUUACAGUAUUUGUCAUAGUAGACUUAUCCGAUAAGAGACCCCAGUUUUACUAGUUUGUUUUUUUAGUAUUAGAUAUCAGAAUAGUUUUGUAGAAACACUUUUGAGGUUCACACUCGUCGAAACACCACUUUCGCGUGCUAAUUUAAGCAGAAACCCAAUUUCCAAUAAUGAUUUUUACUUAUCGCAUACAAUAUAUACAGCACCAAAUCGGUUAAAUGUAUGUACACAUCACAUGUCACAAGGAAGUAUCAAAACUCUUUGUCGCAUACACAAAUAGAAAGUGUUAUCUCUCUCACCAUCUAAAUUAAGUAUUUUGUAUUUGUUUGUAAUUGACAAAGUGUCAAUUCUAAUGAGUUAUUUCUUGCAACUAGUAUUAAUACGACACACUCUUACCAUUAUUUUUUAAUUAUAAUUGCUUAUUCUUAAUACUUUUGUAUUAACAUCGAUUGUAAUUUGUAUUAUCUUUGUAAAUAAUCAUUGAAAUAGGCUGACACUCAAAGGCGUUAAGCAGACCGGCACAAAGAAGAGGAACAACGACGUUCACUCACGUAAUACCAAAGUUUAAUGUAGUAAAAUUU